CAAGACUACGCCAGGGUCAUCGGACUUCUUUGAACACUGAAACUUUCUAUGCAUCUUCAACGAAUUCUCCAACUCCACAAUUAGCGACGAUAGGAUCCGGACAAAGUGUCACUUUCCGGCUAACUUUAAAUGAAGCCAAGACUGUCACAAAACCCACACCUUUUUCGAGGUCAGCAAGUGAAAUUGCCGGUGGUGUCCGACCAAAGGAGUUUGCUUUUCCAAAUGGAGAAAGAUUUUUUAAAACAACAGAACAACACCCCACAUCAACUAAUGCCGAAGUUUACGACAUACGCAAGUUAUCUACUCAAGAUUAUCAUUACUUUGAUGAUGUUUUCAUUACUAAAAUAUUUAUAUCUUAUUUUGAUCUUUUUAAAUUAAAGUCGUUGUUUUAUACAUCUGAACAAUAUAAAAUGUGACAACAUUAAAUUAAUAGCCGAUUUUUUGACUGUUUAGAACAUAUAACAAGUUAUUGAUAUUACAUUAAACAUUUGUUUUGUCUUCAAAUAGGAAAUAAUACACUGUAAGCCAAUUAGUUAUUUCAUUGUUAUUUCUUUUGUAAGUAGAAGAACGGACACGUGACAAACAUUUAACCGAUCACAAAGAACCAUUUAAAGAAGAAGAGCGAAGUAAAGAGAGAUCUAUAUUGGUGAAGAAACAAAUGCAAAUCUUGAGAGAACAGGUAUUUCGUAGAUUACGUAACAACACUGAUAUUGGUCAAGGAUUAACAGAUUUUGAUUUUAAAGAGAAUAGUGGACAUUUAGACUGCAAUCUUAGAGGAACUGAGAAAGCUGUGACAAAAGCCAUAGGUAUAAUAAGGAAUCUAGAAAAUGAUGUGCGUAGUGUUGAAGUAAGUUUCUCUUCUAAAGUAAUGUCAGAACUGCAUAAGCUGAAUGUUGAAAAUUCGCUAAAUGAAACGCUUAAAUUGAAGUUCCCUAAAUGUGUAGUGAGACAAGAGAAAAGUAAGGUUCACGUUUAUGGAUUUGAUGUGACAACAUUGAGGAAAGCAAAACGGUUUAUAAGCGGGAUGGUUAUCGACUAUAUAUCACCGACUUCUAUAAAUCUUAGGCAAAAUGAAUUGACAUUAUUUUGUAAAAAAUACGAGAAAAAACUCCUUGUUAUUCAAGACAAAGAAAGGCGGAUACGGUUGAUUGGAUUAAAAGAAGCAGUUGCGAAUGCCAUGGAAGAACUCUUCAUGUUAAACAGAGAGGGAAGACUUACAGAUACUCACAGACAACAGUUACUACCAACUGAUAUUAAAUGUUUUCCGCUAGACCGAGAGUUGCAGUUGCAUUGUUUAGAAAAAUGUGUUGAUUUUGAAGCUGUUAAAAAGAAAUAUGAAGUUAAUAUAAUAUUUCACCAAAAACUGAUGAUAAUCGAAAUCACAGGAUUAAGUGUUAACAUACAGAAAGCUUAUGAAGAAGUAAAAGGUAUUUUAAAAAUGAUGUAUUGUGAGAAAAUGGAUCAGGUCAGCCAACAGGCCAGUACAUUCUUUGGCAAGGAACUGGGCAAGAUAUUUCUUAGUGAUUUAGAACAGACUAAACAAGUUUACAUAGAAAAAGAAGUUCUAUAUUAUGUUGGUCGCAAAAAGGUUACCAAAAAGCAUUCAUUAGAAGAGAUCGUAUGGUUGGAUGAUAAGGAAAGAGAACUGAUACUUCAGAUAAGCAAUCCGAAUGAUGUGAAGGCCUCUGCUUUUGCUAUUCCUAAAUUAGAUGAAUCUAAAGGGCUGAGAUUUUCCCGUCACGGCAACACAAUUGAAGUGCCCGUUUCACCUUGGAUCGAUGGAAAUUAUCAGGAAACAGAAGCUGUUGCGACAAAACUUCUUUCUAAGGCCAAAGAUGGGCACGAAACUACGCUUGCUAUUUCUAUGGCAUCAUUUUGUAACUGGCCAUUCGAUGAAUAUAUGAAAUGUUUUGUGAAGAUUUCUGUAUCAUGGCUUCUUGAUCAGUCACAUGUAUGGCCAAGUUGUGUGAUUUUGUUCACAGAGUCUAUGGAUCACUUUAAGAAGAUGGAUGAAUAUAUUGAACAAUGUGUGACAGACUGGCAGAAAGAUUUGAAAGACAAGAUUGUUGACCCAGUCAUCAGGGUUUUAAAACAGCAGCUUGACCAAACUGAGGCAGAUGUCCUUGUCAAUACAACCGGGCCAAAUUUGGAUCUGCGUGUUGGUAACGUGUCAGCUGCUCUCUCAAAAGCAGUUGGUCCUGACCUUCAAAAGGAAUGCAAACUGAAAUUUCCAAAUGGAAUAUCGCCGGGUACAAUAGCCAUCACGAAAGGUUUUAAUUUAAUGUGCAAACAACUGUUUCACAUUACUUUGCCAUACUACGUAGAUGUCAAACAGUGCAUUGAGAGUAUUAGAAAAGCAGUUGUUCAAUGUUUGGAAACAGCAACAACAAAUGGACAUGAAACAAUAGCGUUUCCGAUUAUUGGUUCUGGAAAUCUUGCUUAUCCCAUAGAAUUGGUCUGCUCUGAAAUGUUCGGGAGUGUAGAGCGAUACAGACAAAGUCGACCAGAUAAACCUUUGGCAGAAGUUCGCUUUGUUGUUUAUCAUAAAGAUACCACUCUUUAUGAGAAAUUUAAAAAGGAGGAAGACAAACAGAGUAAGUGUUGAUGUUUUUGUUUGCUCUCAGCUUACUAUCUAUUUCGGUUACUUAUCUAUUUCCUUAAUACACAAAUGACUGCUUUUUAUACAUGAAUAAGAUGGGGCAAAGUAUAAUUUAGUGUCAGUUUUGUAAGAAUAGUUCCUUAAUCAUUAACCUACUUAAUAAGUAUAAUUGAGUGGCUUAGAUGUAAUAAUAUAGAAGUAUAAAAUAUCAUAAGGAUGGACGCCAUUCAAAGAACGUUUUCCCGACAAA